AUGGAGGCGAAGUUGUCGCGCAUGGACUUGCGGGAGAGGAAGCCGUCCGCAGACGACGCCGCCGCGUCCUCCGCCGCCCCGACGCCUUCGCCCCCGGCGGCGGCCCCGUGGUCGCCGGCGCGUCUCCUGGGUUGUCUGCACGGGGUGUACGUACACCUGGCACAGCUGCCUUCUCAGCAGCUGCGGCGAUACGUCUACGCGUAUGCGGUGCUGCUGCGGCUGGGGUUGCUGGUGUAUGGCGAGUGGCAGGAUCGUCACUUACGCGUCAAAUUCACAGAUAUCGACUACAAAGUCUACACCGACGCGGCGCGCUACGUGGCUGCCGGGGAGUCGCCCUACAAGCGCCACACCUACCGGUACACGCCGCUCGUCGCCUUUCUCUGCGUGAGCAAUGUUCUGCUUCACUCCUGCUGCGGCAAGCUCCUCUUCGCCGCCGCGGACAUCCUACUCUCGCUCCUCACGGAGAAGCUGCUGUUGCUGCUCUUCGAGGCGCGCGACAAGGCGGCUCGCCCUGGAGCUGAUGACCUAGGAACUGCUCCUUCCGCUACUGCGCCGCCGGUGAAUGCCUCGAGUUUGUUGCUCUCUUCGCUGCGCGACUCAACGUCCUCUUCGCCUUCCUCCGUGCCCUCAUCUCCCUCCUCCACCGCCUCCUCUUCCCGCGCCUCCUCGCCGCUGUCUCCGGCGUCUCCUUCUUCGGGCUCCGCCGCCUCCUCGCCUGCAAAAUGCAGCGCGUUCCUCCUGCCCGCCUUCUGCUGGACGAUCUUUCCGCUCGCCGCCACUGUGAGCACGCGAGGCAACGCCGAUGUCAUCCCUUCGCUCCUUUCGCUUCUGCUUCUCUUCUUCCUCCGCACCUGUCACCUGGAUGCUGCUGCCGUCUGCUACGGCCUCGCGGUGCACGUGAAAAUCUUCCCAGUGGUCUACGGCAUCCCAGUUCUCCUGUUUCUGCGUGGAUCGCCUCCUGGAAAGCCCCUGUCUGCAGCGGAUUGCGUCCUUCGUUUGCCUCGCCUCCCGCGCGCGUCCGCGGUUCUCUCGCCGCACUCCUUCGCUGCCUUUCUCGUCGCACUUUUCCAGGUCGUUCGCGCGGCAGCUUUUCUUUUUUUUCUCCCUCUUUGGCUCCCUCUGCGGCUUCUCCCUCGCCUGAACGCGACGCAGUGGCGCUUCGGGCUUUUGAGCGUAGGGACGUUCUUCGGUCUUGGAGGCAUUUUUUACUUCUUAUAUGGCUGGCCGUUUUUGUACGAAGCUUAUCUGUACCACGUAGCUCGCGUUGACAUCCGCCAUAACUUUUCUCUCUUCUUCUACUUGCUGUACCUCUCCACUAGCAAUCCCUCCAGGGCGCUGGGGCUGAUCACAUUCGUUCCGCAGAUGGCCACGUGUCUCCUCGUGGGCUGCUACUACGCGCAGAAGGGCCAGAUCGAGCUCGCACUCUUUCUCCAGACCGUCAUCUUCGUCGCGCUGAACAAAGUUUGCACCUCGCAAUACUUUCUCUGGUGGCUGUCGCUGCUCCCCUUCGCGAUCGCCAGCACCGACAUGACUCCGCGGACCUGCUGGCACCUUCUGGGGCGCCUCGCGCUUUUCCAAGGAACGAACUUCUUGUGGCUCUACUUCGGCUACGCUAUCGAGUUUAAAGGCCAGCCCAGUUUCUUCCCGCCCAAGGCGCGUGAGGAUGCGACCCUGUUCCUUUUUUUGUAG